AUGACCAUCCCCAAAGCCCCCCUCGGCGCCAACGGCCCCCAGGUAACCCGUCUAGGCUUCGGCCUCAUGGGCCUUUCUGUCUUCUACGGCGCCGCAAAGCCAGACAGCGAGCGUCUCGCCCUGCUCGACCAGGCGCACGCACUCGGCGAACUCUUCUGGGACUCGUCCGACAUGUACGGCGACAACGAGGACCUGCUGGGAAAAUGGUUCGCCGCCAACCCAUCGAAGCGGACUGACAUCUUCCUCGCGACGAAGUUCGCGGUCAAGGAGGGCCAUGUGAUUGACAGCUCGCCCGAGUACGUCAAGGUGGCGUGCGCGCAGAGUCUCAAGAGACUGGGCGUCGACGUGAUCGACCUGUACUAUUGCCACCGCGUGGAUCAGAAGACGCCGAUUGAAAAGACAGUGGCUGCGAUGAAGGAACUCAAGGACGAGGGCAAAAUCAAGUACCUGGGUCUGAGCGAAGUGUCCUCCGCUACGCUGCGGCGCGCACACAAAAUCCACCCCAUCUCCGCCGUCCAGGUCGAGUACUCGCCGUUCGCACUCGACAUCGAGAGCAAGCAGAUCGACCUGCUGCGCACGUGUCGCGAGCUGGGCGUCGCAGUCGUCGCAUACUCGCCUUUGAACCGCGGCAUGUUGGCAGGCGCGCUCAAGGGGCCCGAGGAUUUCGAAGAGGGGGACUUCCGCGCCUUCGCGCCGCGAUUCAGCAAGGAGAAUUUCCCGAAGAACCUCAAGUUGGUGGACCAGUUGAGUGCGAUUGCGGCGAAGAAGAAUGCUACGCCGUCGCAGUUGACGCUGGCGUGGUUGAUGGCGCAGGGAGAGGAUAUCUUCCCGAUUCCCGGCACGACCAAGUUGGAGCGGUUGAAGGAGAAUUUGGGCUCGUUCGAUGUCAAGCUUAGCGCGCAGGAGGAGAAGGAGAUUAGGAAGGCGGUCGAGGAGGCAGAGGUCGGUGGUGAGAGAUAUCCUGAGAGCUUCAUGAAGAUGUGUUAUGCGGAUACGCCGCCCCUGAACGAGUAG